AUGUGUCAAAAUAUGAUUGUUUAUGAAGGGUGCCGAAGGUGCAAGGAGCUUAUCUUAGGGGACCCGAAGAGCAAAAUUGAAUACUGUAACCCUUACCCGUGUUCGGAUCCCACAGACAACCCAGAGCCUGAGAUUGAAGAGGGAGAUGAAUUGUGCAACAACUGCAAGCUGGAAGAUGCCAAAGAGUAUACCGACACAGUCAAGCGACAAUACCCACAAUUUAUGGGCGUAGAUCGUUCGCAUGCACUACGAAAGCAUCAGGCCCGUAUCAGAGAGCUGGAUCGGGAGGCUUAUCAGGAGUUAAGGUUGAGACAGCAUUAUGAGGAGUUAAGGUUGAGACGGUAUUAUGAGGACAAGGCUGAGGAAAAGGAUAAGGACAAGGGUAAGGGCAAGGCUGAGGACAAGGAUGAGGAUGAGAAUGAGGGUCCGUUUGACGAUGGCGGUGCAGGAUCUAGCAUGGGACACGCCACAGCGAGCAUGAGCCGUCAAGUUGUUUACCAGGACACUCGCACCAGCCACCCUGACCACGGUUUUGAUGUGGAGGACGAGAUAGAAGAAUAUCUGAACCCUGAGUAUCCUUACAGGGACCCAGAAACCGGAAGAAACUAUCGUUUGGAAUGA